AUUGUUAUCUAAAUUUCUUUUGGUUCUUUGCAUGUUUCUUGUUAUCCGGUGAAGUCAUCUGGCUCAAAAAUCAUCGAACCAUAACUUUACAUAAUAAUUCGAGAUUUAAUUUCUGGAGAAGCAUCCGAAUCAAAAAAAUUAAAGAUGGAGAAUAUGAUGGGGCUUCUUCGGAUUAGGGUGCGCAGAGGAAUGGAGCUUGUUGCUCGUGAUACAACUGGUAGUGAUCCUUUUGUUGUCGUUACCAUGGCUGAUCAGAAACUGAAGACUCUUGUAGUCAAGAACCACUGCAGUCCUGAGUGGAAUGAUGAUCUGACCCUCUCAAUUAAGGAUUUAACAACUCCAAUCAAACUAACAGUAUAUGACAAAGACACAUUUACUGUGGACGAUGCACUGGGGGAAGCUGAUAUUGACAUAAAACCAUAUAUAGAAUGCGUAAAAGCAGGGACAGAAAAGCUUCCAGAUGGUAGUAAAAUCCGCAGUGUCUCACCCAACGAAGAAAACUGUCUUGAUACUGAAAGUGCUGUUGUCUGGAACAAGGGGAAAAUCACUCAAGACAUGGUACUCAGACUGAAAAAUGUUAAGAGCGGCAAAGUAGAGAUCCAAAUUGAAUGGAUUGAUGUUCCAGGUAGUAAAGGUCUCAGGUAGAUAAUUCAAUUUAUGUAACCUUGGAUAUUCUUUUGCGUAUUAGACAUGGUCUUAGAACCUCACAACCAGUUAAAACUGUAGCUGCAUAUUUCUUUGUCA